GGGCGGCGGGAGCGGCGCGGGCGGGCGGCGCGGAGGGAGGGCGUGAGGCGGGCUCGGCGGCGGCGCUGCAGCAGCUGCCGUCGCUCCGAGGCCCGGGCCCGGCCGCGCCUGCCGUUCCAUGAGCCCCGCCUGAGGCCGCGCCUGCCCGCGUCCCCAGCGCAGCGCCGCGGCGGCCGAGCGGAGCGGGAGGGAGAUGUCGGACGGUUUCGAUCGGGCCCCGGGUGCAGGUCGGGGCCGCGGCCGGGGCCUGGGCCGCGGAGGGGGCGGGCCCGAGGGCGGCGGCUCCGCGAACGGAGCGGGGCCGGACGAGCGGCCGCAGCCCCCGGCGCCGGGCCUCCCGCAGCCGCCGCCGCCGCCGCUGCGCCAGCCGCGGACCGCGCCGCCGCCGGGGCCCCGGGGCGAGCCCCCCGCCGGGCCCGCGCGGCCGCCCGCAGAGCAAACGAGACCCCAGGACAACUCCCCCCAGCUGAACUCGGAGCCCGCGAUGGCCAAGCCCCAGGUGGUGGUCGCCCCAGUGUUAAUGUCCAAGCUGUCCGCGAACGCCCCCGAAUUCUACCCUUCGGGUUAUUCCAACUUCACAAACGGAUUGCAAGCUGGAAGCCUGGAGCUCACAUGUGGCCUGCAGGAACCCUAUGAGGAUGGCGUUGAGGAUUAUCCCACUCUAUCUGAGUAUGUUCAGGAUUUCUUGAAUCAUCUUACAGAGCAGCCUGGCAGUUUUGAAACUGAAAUUGAUCAGUUUGCCGAGACACUGAAUGGCUGGGUUACCACAGACGAUGCUUUGCAAGAACUUGUGGAACUCGUCUAUCAGCAGGCCACGUCCAUUCCAAAUUUCUCCUACAUGGGAGCUCGCCUGUGUAAUUACCUGUCCCAUCACCUGACAAUUAGCUCACAGAGUGGCAACUUCCGCCAAUUGCUACUUCAAAGGUGUCGGACUGAAUAUGAACUUCGAGAUCAAGCUGCAAAGGGGGAUGAAGCAGCUCGAAAACGAUUCCAUGCGUUUGUGCUCUUCCUGGGAGAACUUUAUCUUAAGUUGGAGAUCAAAGGAACAAAUGGACAGGUUACAAGAGCAGAUAUUCUUCAGGCUGGUCUUCGGGAGUUGCUGAAUGCCCUCUUUGCUAACCCUGUAGAUGAUAAUCUAAUUUGUGCAGUAAAAUUAUUGAAGUUGACAGGGUCAGUGCUGGAAGAUGCCUGGAAGGAAAAGGGAAAGACGGACAUGGAAGAAGUUAUCCAGAGGAUUGAAAAUGUCGUCCUGGAUGCGCACUGCAGCAGAGACGUGAAGCAGAUGCUCUUGAAGCUCGUAGAGCUCCGGUCGAGUAACUGGGGUCGAGUCCACGUGACCUCGACAUACAGAGAAGCAACGCCCGAGAAUGACCCCAACUAUUUCAUGAAUGAACCAACAUUUUAUACAUCUGAUGGUGUUCCUUUUACUGCAGCUGAUCCAGAUUACCAAGAGAAAUAUCAAGAGUUACUUGAAAGAGAAGACCUUUUUGCAGAUUAUGAAGAAAAUGGAACAGAUUUAUCAGGCGCUGGUGAUCCGUACUUGGAUGAUCUUGAUGAUGAGAUGGACCCAGAGAUAGAAGAAGCUUAUGAAAAGUUUUGUUUGGAAUCAGAGCGUAAGCAAAAACAGUAAAGUUAAAUUUCAACGUAUCAGUUUUAUAAAGCAGUUUAGGUUAUGGUGACUUAGCAGAACACAGGAAAACAGGAAAUUGUGUCACACUUAUACCAAAUUAAGGAUGUUGAGUUAUGUUACUAAUGUAUGCAACUUUAAUUUUAACAUUCUCUGCCAAAAUAAACUUUAUCCCCUAUAACUUAAAAUGUGUAUAUAUAUAUAAGAUAGUUUAUUAUGUACAGUUAAUUCCACUGUUUUGGCUGCAAUAAAAUCGAUUUUGAAAUAAAUGAAAUGUUGAAAGUAAGUUUUGCUAGCUGAUUAGAAGCUUAUCCUUUAAAUUCAGCUUUUCUUGAAGGAAAAAGUCUUAGUGUGGAAAUACAUAAUACUGCAAAAAUGUAGCAUCCUUUUGAAAGAUAUGAGUAUAUAGCUUUCAUUUAGUUUUACAUUGAGUGUCUCAAUGAAUUGGGUUUCAAAUAUGAGUCACAAUCAUAAAAAAAUCUCUGGCACUAAAGUCUUAGAAUAUAUAAUUAAUUUAUUUACAUAUCCAGUUAUUUGAUACCAAGGGCUUUUAAAAUAGAGUUAGAACUUACAACUAAACAACCAAGAUUCUUCACUGAGGAUACAUUGCAAUUCUAAAGUGUUCAAAUUUUUCACCUGAUUUCAUUACCCCAAAGUCCAGGACAUUAUUCUACUUUAUUUAUAUGGCUUUCUCAUUUUUAUUUGGUAGCAUGAGUUGCAUUGACUUUUUUACUAGAGAAUUUUGCUAGAUCUUUGUCACUCAAGUUUUCAUCUGCUUUGUAAUUGAUAUACCUUGAGGAUCACUUUUCUAAUACUUUUACUAUAAUGUGGUACCACCUCAGUCCUAUUUUUACCUAAUGUCAAAAAUCUUUUUCCGACUAACCACAAGUAAAGCUUAUGUACAAAAGGAUUGCUUGUAAAUAUGCAUGUAAAUAGUUCUGUUAAUAACCCACUGUUUCACAUUUGGUACACCUGUGUCUGCUACUACAGUUAGCUUUCUCCCUUUUCUGCUUGUUUGUUCAGUCUGGAUUAAAAUUAGUCUUUGAAAAUAAAAUUGAAAUAGUUUUGUUUUCUCUAA